GUGGCGGCGGCGGCCCUCCUGGAGACGACGACGGUAGUCCUCCUAUCAAGCUUGGCCCCGGCAGACCUGACAGAGGUCGACUUCCCGGUGGCAAAGUUCCUAUAAUAUCGAAAUACUACGGCAACUGGAAUAAAUAUCUGGCACAAGUCGAAGCUCAAAGAAUCCGAAUGUAUUUUGAACGGGAUACUGCUAAUUUCAGAUACAUGAAACUCCUUGGAAACGGCAUCACCAAUGUCGCCUGCCAGGUCAGAUACAGGCACAGAUGGUGGCGAUAUCACAAACCUGGUCAAGUGUUCGUCGUGAAGCGUCCAUUCCUACCGCAGUCGGAGGAAGCACUUCAGAACGAGAUCAGUGCCCUCCAAAUGCUUAGAGGGUCGAUGCACAUUGUUCAACCUUUCUUUUUGAAUGACGGCGUUAGGAACCCGCUUGCUGAACUUCCCGGCCCAACAAUAUUCAUGGAGUAUCUGCACGGCGGGAGUAUCCACCAGUUCGCAGCAAGAUACCAACAACAUACCAACAUCCCGAUGCCUAAUAGGCUACUCUGGAGGAUACUCAUGUGUCUCGUACGGGCCUGUAUCGGUUUAGCCUACCCACAGAGGAAGACAACACCUGGUGUCGUUUUGGAGCAAAUUCCAGCUGAUUAUCCACAACGAGAUAACCCGGAAAAUUGGAUGCACGGCGACAUGCAUGGAAACAAUAUUUUAUGGGGCGAUUAUCAACCCGAUGAUCUCGAUCAUGCUUUGACACCAACUCUCAAGCUCAUUGAUCUGGAACGUUUUCGACAAGGAGAAGAACCAGAGGGGGGCAGGUUUCCAGGAGCCGAGAUGAACCUUCAUGAGGCUAGUGGGUCUAUCCUUAGCUGCAUUAUCAGGACGCAGGCAGACAAGGCCUACAAUGUGAAGGUUCCCGGUCGCGCUGCAGCAUUUCACUCUUACGCUCUCCUCCCCGCGAGCCAAUACCCAAAUCUAGACAGAGAGCUUGCGGACCUCGUCACGGAGAUGUGUGCCUGCGAUCCGGCAUGGGCCCCGCGUCUUGUGGAGAUGUACGAACGAACUUACGCCGGCCUGCAGAAAGGGGCGAAUUAUUACGUGAACUUCCCGCAUGGAGAGCGCGAAACGGACGAUUUCAUCAAGAAUCUCUGCCGCGAAUGGCUUCUCGAACCCGACCCAGAGGGCCCAGCAAGGGCUCCAAUAGCUGGUCACUCCUCCUCAUGAUGCAUAUAGAUGAUUCCAAGUUGGCGUAGGAACGGAGUAGAAUCUGUUAAAAAGGGUUAUUAAUAGUGUAAGUCAAGGUUAACAAGUAUGUGGGGUUAGUAUUAGUAUCUAGAUUUAUGAAGAUAACUCGUUUAUUCAUCCUAAUUGUACCAAGUGUCUAGCAGUUUCCGAAUGAAGAUGUUUCUUGUGUUAGUUUUCUUACAUCAGCCCGGACUGUCACUGUUUUCAUCGGACAAGAUAUUGUUCCUUCAAGUGUUUAAACGCGUCGGAGAACGGGCAGGAUUUAGUAGGGUGCCGCCCUGGGUAUUGUAUCAUUGCGAAUGCAGGUAGUACAUAUGAUCGUUGUGUUUGACACCAAAUUGAAACGGAGAUUAAGUGCGGCUC